AUGGAUGGUGGGCGCAAAGCGUUGCCGCCAGGGACCACGCGCAUCGUUCAUCCAGAAGGGUACGAAGAGAUCUCUGUACCGGCGCGAGAGCCAGAUCCCGUGGCCGCUGGUGAGCGUUCUGUAGCGAUUGAAGAGCUCGAUGAGUGGGCGCAGCCCGCGUUUCAAGGCAUCAGAAUGCUCAAUAGGAUCCAAAGCAAGAUUUUCCCGCAGGCGUACCACACCAACGAAAACUUACUCGUGUGCGCGCCGACGGGAGCCGGGAAGACGAACAUCGCCAUGCUAACCGUCUUACACGAAAUCGGUCUUCACAUAGAUGAGAACGGCGACUACCUUCCAGAGGAUUUCAAGAUUGUCUACGUGGCACCCAUGAAAGCGCUCGCGGCUGAAGUUACGGAUGCAUUUAGCAGAAGACUUGCACCUCUUGACAUAGUCGUUGCCGAGCUCACGGGCGAUACGCAAAUGAGUAAACGCGAGCUCGAGGAGACACAAAUGAUCGUGACGACACCCGAGAAAUGGGAUGUCAUCACACGAAAAGGCGGAGAAGUUUCUGUGGCGAGUACUUUACGUUUACUCAUCAUUGAUGAGGUGCACUUGUUGAAUGACGAGCGGGGGCCGGUGAUUGAAACGCUCGUCGCCCGUACUCUUCGUCAAGUCGAACAAACUCAGAGUAUGAUACGGAUUGUCGGUCUUUCUGCGACGCUGCCGAAUCCCGUAGAUGUGGCUCGAUUCUUAGGCGUCAACAAUGACGCCGGUUUGUUCGUUUUUGAUCAGUCGUACCGGCCGAUCCCAUUGACGCAAAAGUUUAUCGGGGUCACAGAGAAAAACUCGAUGAAACGGCAAACACUCAUGGCGCAGAUUGCGUACAACAAAGCGUGUGAAGCGUUGAGAAAUGGCAAACAAGCCAUGGUCUUUGUACAUAGCCGGAAGGAUACAGUCAAGACGGCGAAGCAACUCGCUGAGUUUGCCGCUGCGCAGGAUGGUAUGGAACUCUUCUCCAACAACCAACACGAGCGCAAGGCUGAGUUCGCGCAACAAGUGUCACGAAGUCGGAAUAACGAGUUGAAAGAUCUGUUUCUCAAAGGACUAGGCUGUCACAACGCAGGUAUGCUUAGAGCGGACCGUUCAUUGACGGAAAAACUUUUCGCCGCCGGACUCAUUAAAGUUCUAGUGUGUACGGCAACAUUGGCGUGGGGUGUGAACUUGCCCGCGCACAUCGUCGUCAUCAAAGGCACGCAGCUUUACGACCCUCAACGCGGUGGCUUCAGGAAUCUCGGUGUUUUAGAUGUGCAACAAAUUUUCGGUCGUGCAGGGCGACCAGGUUUUGACACUUCGGGCGAGGGUGUCAUCGUCACCGAGCACAAAAAUUUGGCGCAUUACGUGUCCAUGCUCACGCAUUCGACACCGAUUGAAUCACAAUUUGUGAGCAACUUGGCUGAUAAUUUGAACGCCGAAGUGACUCUCGGUACAGUUACGAACGUGCGCGAAGGCGCGCAGUGGUUGGGAUACUCUUACCUACACACGCGUAUGGAGAAGAACCCACUCGCCUAUGGUCUGACGUGGGACGACAUUCGUCUUGAUCCAGGCUUACUAGACCACCGCAGAAAACUCAUCAAAGAAGCUGCAAGGGUUUUAGAUCGUGCGAAAAUGAUUCGAUUCGACGAGCGGAGUGGACAGCUUUAUCAAACCGAAGCUGGCCGUACGGCGAGUCACUUUUACAUACGAGUCAAUUCUAUGGAAGUUUUCGAUGGUUUGAUGCACAGACACAUGACGCUGCCGGACAUCUUUCACAUGAUUUCCCAUUCGAGCGAGUUCGAAAACAUAGUUCCCAGAGAAGAUGAAAUUCCUGAGUUGGAGACAUUGCGACGCAACCGCCGCGUGGUGCCGAUUGACAUCAAAGCCUCGCUCACAGACAAAGUAGGCAAAGUCAAUUUACUCUUGCAAGUCUACAUCUCUCGUGCGAGCAUGCAAUCUUUUUCUCUUAUUGCCGAUAGCAUGUACAUUUCGCAGAAUGCGAGCAGAAUUUGUCGCGCACUGUUUGAGUUAUGCUUACGACGUGGCUGGCCGUCGCUCGCGGAACAAUUGCUCACGGUGAGUAAAUCGUGUGAUUUGAGAAUAUGGCCGCAUCAACACGAGCUUCGACAAUUUGAAAAGUCGCUCAAGCCCGAAGUUUUGUUUAAGCUCGAAGAGAAGAAAGCCACUUUGGAUCGUUUAUGGGAUAUGAGUGCGAGUGAGAUUGGCAGUAUGUUGCGACUGAACACUCAAAUUGGUGGACAAGUCAAGUCGUGCAUGCGCGCGAUGCCGCAUUUGAACAUGACGGCUGUCGUGCAGCCCAUCACGCGCUCCGUGUUACGAGUCUCUGUGACACUUACUCCUGAAUUCGAAUGGAGAGAUGCAGUGCAUGGUGCUCUUCAACGAUGGCUGAUCUGGGUCGAAGAUCCGGUAAACGAGCACAUAUAUCACUCGGAAACUUUCAACUUGAGUAAAAAACAAAGCCGCGACGGGGCGCAAUACUUGGCAUUCACCAUUCCCAUUUUUGAGCCAGUGCCGCCGCAAUAUUUCUUGCGUGCCAUGUCGGAAACCUGGCUCGGAUGUGAAUCUUUCGUCGAACUAAACUUCCAGCACCUCAUCUUACCUGAAGAACAUCCACCGCACACAGAAUUACUCGAUCUUGAUCCUCUCCCGCGAUCAGCUUUGAACAAUCCAGUGUAUGAGUCGAUGUACGAGGGGAAGUUUACGCACUUCAAUGCCAUUCAAACGCAAGCGUUUCACACGCUCUAUCAUACCGAUACGAACGUUCUCCUUGGUGCGCCGACAGGCUCCGGUAAGACGAUUUCGGCCGAGCUAUCGAUGAUGAAAGUUUUCCGUGAUUCUCCUGGUUCAAAAGUCGUCUACAUUGCACCGCUCAAGGCUUUGGUUCGAGAACGCAUCAAGGACUGGAGAAAGAAUUUGUGCCCGACGCUCGGCUUGCGCAUGGUCGAGCUCACAGGUGAUUACACGCCAGAUCUUCGAGCGCUUCUUCAGGCCGAUAUCAUCGUUAGUACUCCGGAAAAGUGGGAUGGCAUCAGUCGUAACUGGCAAAGUCGCGCGUACGUCACCAAGGUUGCGCUCGUCGUUAUUGAUGAGAUUCACUUGUUGGCGAGCGACAGAGGUCCUAUUUUGGAAGUCAUCGUGUCUCGUAUGCGAUACAUCUCUGCGCGAACGGGUUCAAAUGUUCGUAUCGUUGGUUUGUCAACAGCGUUGGCGAACGCGCGUGAUCUCGGAGAUUGGCUCGGCAUUGACAAGGAAGGUUUGUUCAACUUUCGACCGUCGGUGCGCCCGGUACCGCUCGAAUGUCAUAUUCAAGGCUUUCCGGGUAAAUUUUACUGCCCGCGCAUGAUGACGAUGAAUAAGCCAACGUACGCGGCUAUUCGCACGCAUAGUCCUGAAAAGCCGACGCUUGUUUUCGUGUCGAGUCGACGACAAACGCGCCUGACAGCGUUGGAUUUGAUCGCGUACGCUGCCGCGGACGAGCGCCCGGAUGGCUUCGUGCACAUGAGCGACGACGAGUUAACGAUGCACUUGAGUAAAGUCAAAGAUCCAGCGUUGAAGCACACCUUACAAUUUGGCAUUGGUCUACACCACGCCGGUUUAACGCCAGAAGACCGAGAGUUAUGCGAAGAGCUUUUCGCACAAUGCAAGAUACAAGUGUUGGUGACGACGUCAACGCUCGCGUGGGGCGUCAACUUGCCUGCGCACUUGGUCGUAAUCAAGGGCACUGAAUAUUUUGACGGCAAAACGAAGCGUUACCAAGACUUUCCCAUUACAGAUGUUCUUCAAAUGAUGGGUCGAGCGGGGCGACCGCAGUUCGAUAAGUCUGGGUGCUGCGUCAUUCUAGUACACGAGCCUAAAAAGACGUUUUACAAGAAAUUUCUCUACGAGCCUUUUCCAGUUGAAUCGAGCUUGGCAGAAAACUUAUGCGACCAUUUCAACGCCGAAAUCGUGAGUGGCACAAUAAAGACUAAGCAGGACGCAGUCGAUUACUUGACGUGGACUUACUUUUUCCGUCGCUUGCUCAAAAAUCCCACUUACUACAACUUGGAUACCAUUCAAACAGAUAACUUGAAUGAAUACCUCAGCGAUUUGGUCGAGAACGCUUUGGAGUUAUUGGAGGACGCUCGUUGCAUUGCAAUCGAUGAAGAAGACGAUGGGUUGGAGCCUUUGAUGUUAGGACGUGUCGCAUCGUAUUACUACCUACAGUACCCGUCCGUCGCACUUUUCGCGUCGAAUAUCAAGGCGAAUAGUUCACUUGAAUCAUUGCUGGAAACGUUGUGCGGUGUGGCAGAAUACGAUGAACUACCCGUUCGUCACAACGAAGACAAGCUCAACACGGAGUUGGCAGAAGUUGUGGCUGAUGCCGGUGGUUUCCAAGUCGACAUUCGUCUGGCUGAGGACCCGCACGUGAAGACAUCUUUGCUUUUCCAAUGCCACUUCUUGCGGCUACCGCUACCUCUGAGUGAUUAUUACACGGACACAAAGAGCGUCCUCGAUCAGGCGAUUCGUAUUUUACAAGCGAUGAUUGACGUCACUUCCGAUGCUGGUUGGCUACACACCGCACUGAGCACGAUGAAUUUGAUGCAGAUGAUUAUGCAGGGUAGAAUGAUUACCGAUUCUUCGUUGUUGACGCUUCCGCACAUCGAACGCAGACACUUGAGAAACCUUGAGAAACACGGCUUGUCUAUUUUACCUCAGUUGAUGGAUCUAUGCUCUUCCAACAAGCAACAGGCGCGUCGAGUUCUCUCAGAAUGUGGUAUCAACGGUCGUAAAAUUGAUCAAGUCGUCGAUUUAUGUCUGAGACUUCCGGUGAUUGACGCCAAGGCGACGACGGAGACGACCAAAGGCAUCAAUGGUGAGAAGACGGUACACGUAAAGCUUCGACGUAUCGGCAAGAAAUGCGGUUCGAAGGCACCGACGUCGUAUACACCGCGCUUUCCGAAAAUAAAAGAAGAAGGUUGGUGGAUAGUCGUUGGAGACACCGCGAAUGAUGAACUGUUGGCGCUGAGACGAAUAUCGUUUGGUGAUGCUGCUAACGUCAAGCUGAAAUGUCCAUCCGGCUCGUCUUCACGCGCACGCCCCGAUUUGGUGGUGUUUUUGAUGUCUGACUCAUACAUCGGACUUGAUCAAGAAGUCAAGAUUGACUCAAACACGAUGGUUGAUGAAGAUUCGAGCGAUGAAUUUGCUGAAGACGACGAUACAUUUUGGGCUUUGCCCCCUGACUCGACUGAGCCUUUCUGGCUAGGUGAAGGUGAAAACACGCUACUAACGUGA